AAAAAUGUAUGUACUAAAAUUAUAAACAAAUUUUUUAUAUUGUAUUUAUUGCAACUUUGCUCCAUUUUCUAAAUUUUAUUUUGAAGUCCUAUGGACGGAGAGCGUGACAUAUUCUUCCGUAAUUGUGCUUUCAAAGUCUCAAAGAUGCACAAAAUUUCACUAUAUAUAUAUAACAUCCAAACUUCAUACUUUCAAUACAUAAAACUUUUCCAACAUAGUCUUUUCGCAAUCAACUUAAACAACAAUAAUAAUAAUGUUAAACAUAACAGCCAUCAAAACUGCCUCUGAUGGCAUUUUACAAGGUGAUAAUGCCCUUCAAACCGCCUUCCCCUUACUCAUUAUACAAACUACCUUGAUCCUCGUCGUAACCCGCCUCCUCGCUUUCGCCUUCAAGCCUCUCCGACAACCCAAAGUCAUUGCUGAAAUUGUGGGAGGUAUAUUGCUGGGACCAUCCGCAUUUGGCAGGAACCAACAAUACAUGGAUAAAAUCUUUCCAAAAUGGAGCACACCAAUUUUAGAAUCAGUUGCUAGCAUUGGUCUUCUUUUCUUCUUAUUCCUAGUAGGCCUUGAGUUGGACCUAGGCUCUAUUCGUCGUAGUGGCCGUGAGGCCUUCACCAUUGCUCUAGCCGGAAUAAGUCUCCCCUUUAUCGGUGGUGCGGCGGUAGCUGUUAUACUCCGCCGCACCAUCGAGGGAGCUGACCGAGCUGGUUACGGUCCUUUCCUUGUGUUCAUGGGAGUUUCACUCUCUAUCACCGCCUUCCCGGUUUUAGCCCGUAUUUUGGCUGAACUCAAACUCUUGACCACCAAAGUAGGGGAGACAGCCAUGGCAGCGGCCGCUUUUAAUGAUGUAGCUGCAUGGAUCCUCCUUGCUCUCGCAGUUGCUCUUGCAGGCAACGGCGAGGCAGGUGGUCAUAAAAGCAGCCCGUUAGUCUCGUUGUGGGUGUUACUAGCCGGGGUUGGGUUCGUAGCAUUCAUGUUCUUGGCUGUUAAGCCCUUAAUGGCCUGGAUGGUCCGACGUUGCUCAGCAGAGCAGGGUGUGGUGGACGAGCUUUAUAUCACUAUAACCCUAGCCGGUGUACUCGUGGCCGGGUUCAUGACCGACUUUAUAGGCAUUCACUCCAUAUUUGGAGCAUUCAUUUUCGGUUUGAUUAUCCCUAAAGAAGGUGAUUUUGCCGAGAAGCUACUAGAAAGAAUUGAGGAUUUUGUUUCAGGCCUAUUGUUGCCACUGUACUUUGCCUCUAGCGGUCUAAAGACCGACGUCACAAAGAUCCAAGGGGCCGUCGCGUGGGGUUUACUCGUGCUGGUGAUCGCGGUCGCGUGCUUUGGCAAGAUUUUUGGUACCUUUGUGGUGGCUAAGUUUUGUAAAAUGAAGGCUAGGGAUGCGUUAGUCCUUGGUGUGUUGAUGAACACAAAAGGUCUGGUCGAGCUCAUUGUCCUCAAUAUCGGAAAAGAAAAAAAGGUUCUCAAUGAUGAGAUGUUUGCAAUUUUAGUGCUAAUGGCACUCUUCACAACCUUUAUAACAACACCAAUAGUAAUGGCAAUCUUCAAGCCAGACAGUUUUGAAACCCAAAAGAGGAAGCUUCAACCUGAUGCAUCUGUACAUAUGGACUCUAGCACUACACCGGCAACCUCGGCUUUUAAAGAACAGUUCAGAGUCUUGGCCUGUGCUCAUGGUCCAGGGAACGUAUCCGGCCUAAUAAACCUCAUCGAAUCAACCCGAAGCACGGCCUCGAAGAACAAUCUUAAACUCUACAUUAUGCACCUUGUAGAGCUCACUGAACGUUCUUCAUCUAUUCUCAUGGUCCACCGCCUUCGUCGUAAUGGGUUCCCGUUCAUUGACCCAACUCGACGUCGUAGUCAAGUUGAGGUACAUGACCGUAUAGCUUCGGCUUUUGAGACCUACGCUCAAUUAGGCAGGGUUAUGGUUCGUCCUGUGACUACUAUAUCAGCCCUUUCGACGAUGCACGAAGAUGUUCGACACGUGGCAGAGGGAAAGAGGGUGAUGAUGAUCAUAAUGCCAUUUCAUAGGAUGUGGAGGAAGGAUGAAGAAGGGGAGAUGAAAUUGGUGGAGAAUUUAGGGCAUGGAUGGAGAGGUGUGAACCAAAAGUUGCUAAAGAAUGCUCCUUGCACGGUUUCGGUAUUCGUGGACCGGGGUUUAGGUGCGGGUCGUGUAGCUCAGGAUGAUGCACAAAGGCAGCUUAGGGUUUGUGUUAUAUUCUUUGGAGGGGCUGAUGAUCGAGAGGCUUUGGAGCUUGCUAGAAUGAUGGACCAUCCCGAAAUUCGGGUUACGAUUAUAAGGUUUGUAGAGAGCCAAGGAAGGGAUGCUAACAAUGUCAAGCUAAUGCCUUCCCCUGAAAAGUGUAGUGAUAGUAAUUACACAUUCUCUGUUGCUGCCAUGAAUCGAACGGAGGAAACGGCACUUGAUGAGGCAAUGGUGGAAAACUUCCGCAACAAAUGGGAUGGAACAAUGGAAUUCAUACAAAAACAAGCUAACAACAUAGAGGAAGCAGUGUUGACACUUGGUCGAAGUGGUGAGUACGACCUUAUAGUCGUAGGCAAAGGUCGUUUCCCUUCGACGAUGGUGGCCGAACUAGCUGACCGCCAAGCCGAGCAUGCCGAGCUAGGGCCUAUAGGGGACAUCUUAUCAUCAACUAACAAUGGCAUUGUGUCAUCUGUGUUGGUUAUUCAACAACAUGCUUCGGCACAUGUAGAAGAGAUGCCUGUUGAUAAAGUAGUUGAAGGUGAUGUUAAUGUCCAAGAUGCUGCUAACCAAGUUUGAUAAUCUUUUGGCACAAAGUCUACAACAUGGUAAAUAGAUUUUGUAAUACGUUUAGUGUUGUACUGUGCACUGUACAAAAUUUGUGUCUCAUUUCUUGUACUUUAAAUAUAUAAUUAUAAUAUGAAAUAUACGGAGUACCAUAAUCUCUCA